AUGUCCGGUCGUAUCGCUGCUCGCGCCGCCCGCGUGGCCGCCCCUCGCGCUCCCAUUGCCGUCAGAUCCUACGCCGCCGCUGCCUCGCCCGCUGCUUCCAAGCCCCCGGUCGCUCUCUUCGGUCUCGACGGUACCUACGCCAGCGCCCUCUACACUGCCGCUGUCAAGACCGAGUCUCUGGAUUCCACCGCCAAGGGUCUCGAGAACCUUGCCGCUACCUUCAAGAGAGAUGUUUCAUUGAAGACCAUCCUUGAGGCCCCCACCCUCAACACCAGCGACAAGCAGCAAAUCAUUGCCGAGAUUCAGAAGUCCAUGGGUGUCCAGGACAAGAACAACACCAUCAAGAACUUCCUCGAGGCUCUUGCCGAGAACAACAGACUCAACCAGCUCGAGGGUGUUGCCGAGAAGUUCGGUACCCUCAUGAGCGCCGCUCGCGGUGAGGUUGAGUUGACCGUCAUCAGCGCUGCUCCCCUUGACGCCAAGGUCCUCAAGCAGCUCGAGAGCUCCGUCUCCAAGUCGUCAUACGUCGGCCAGGGCAAGAAGCUCAAGGUUGUCUCCAAGGUCAACCCCGAGAUCCGUGGUGGACUCGUUGUCGAGAUCGGUGACCGCACCAUCGACCUCUCUGUUUCAUCCAAGAUCGCCAAGAUGAACAAGCUCCUCAGAGACACUCUGUAA